AUGCUUUCUCCUUUCUGGAUACUCUUUACAUCCUCCGUCGGCUUCGUGUACCUGAUCAAGAGCUCGAUCCUUUUCCUAAAAUGGAUUUGGGGUUCAUUUUUCCGAGCCUCGAAGGAUCUGAAAAGCUACGGAUCUUGGGCACUGGUCACUGGCUCGACCGACGGAAUAGGCAAAGCUUUCGCAUUCAAACUGGCGGAGAACGGACUGAAGCUCGUCCUCGUGAGCCGCGACAGUGGCAAGCUCGAAAGAAUUUCUAAAGAAAUCAAAGAGAAAAACCCACUGACAGACAUCAAAACGUUGGAGGUCGAUUUUUCGGGAGACGCUGCAUGGGGAGCGGCUCGGGUGAAGGAGGCCGUAAAGGGUCUCGAUAUUGGGGUUUUGAUAAACAACGUUGGGGUCACAUAUCCGCGGGCCACGUUUUUCCAUGAUGUGGACGAGAGAAUAUGGAUGAACUUGGUUAGGGUUAAUGUGGAGAGCACGAGUUAUGUGACGAAAGCGGUUGUACCGGGCAUGGUCGCGAGGGGGCGAGGAGUGAUAGUUAACAUGGGAUCGGGUGCAUCGCUUGUUGUACCUUCUCAUCCGCUUUAUGCCGUCUAUGCCGCCACCAAAGCGUACGUGGAUCAGUUAUCAAGAAGUUUAUAUGUGGAGUACAAGCAACAUGGUAUAGAUGUUCAGUGCCAGGUACCAUUAUAUGUAUCAACAAGGAUGGCAUCACAAGUUGCAUAUGUUGAGAAGUCAACAAUGUUCAUACCAACAGCAGAGAAGUAUGUUGAAGCAGCAGUUAAGUGGAUAGGGCAGGAUGAAGCAAGGUGUAGCCCUUACUGGGCCCACUCUCUCCAGUGGUUCUUCGCCUCAAUGCUGCCUGAUCGCGUGCUUGAUGCUUGGAGGUUAUCCAUUGGAAUUAAAAGAAUGAAGUUCAGUAAUCCAGUCGAUGAAUGA